GUUAAUGAUUUGACUGGGGUUCAUUUUGGUGCAAACCAGCCAGGCUUUAUUAUGACCUCUAUUGCAGGUUGUGUUAAUCAAAUACAGAUAAGGAUUUGACUCCACAUAGCACUAAGAAAGUUCCUAAAUGCAUCGGAUGAUGCAGUUACAUAACAACGCUGAUCAACCCACCUCAGCUCAGCCUAUAAAUUCACCAGUAUCUGCUCUCUUGCUUUGCACUGCACACUGCUUCCUACCAUCAUCCACCACAGCAGAGGAACCGUCAACCACAUCCAACUGGAACCAUGCAGUCUGCCGAGGCCAAAUUCAACAGAAACAGCCUGCUCUUGGCUCUGAGACGAUACAGCUCAGCUGUCACUGACAUGGAGCAAACAAUUCUCAUGCCGAGCCUGCUGCGAGAUGUACCCUCCGAUGAUUUGUGGGAGUGUGAAUCAGCAGAGGAGUCAUGCAGCGAUCUGUAUGCAAACUACCUGAUGCUCAAGGCCAUAAGAAACACAGCAGAGAGCAGUCUCGUUAUCCUGGAUGACCACAAGAUCAAGAACAACGCUACACUCAACACGACGCUGGAGCCUCUCUUGGACACAGAUCCUGAAGCUCUCUUCCAGUUCCACCUGAUGGGACUGUUUUCCGUGAUGACUGACCUCACCAAGAAGACUCGGAGCCUUACUGAGAAAUAUAUGGACAUAAUUGGCGUGUCAAAUUAGAAAUCAUGCAAAAUAUAUGGACAUUAAGUAAAUUUCUGGAACUGUAAAAAUGCUAUUUGUAACAAAGUCAUAUGAACGUGAACUGAAUUUUUCACAUUCAGUCAUCCGAUGCCUCUGAUAAAUAUUAAAUAUAUAUGCAGUGACAAAAAA